AUGAAUCCAACUUUAUUAUAUUAUUUGACGCUUUCAGCAUUUGGUGAUGAAACACCAGAGUCAGAUGAGGAGGUUGAAGUGCUCGACAGACAAGAAAAAAAUGACGAGACAUUGGAGCUGCUGCAAAGUCAAGUAGCUACAGAAAUUGAACACAACAAUAUUUUGCGAACAGAAAAGCGACAUUUGGAGGAAACCUUGCAGUCUGAAUCAGUUAAACGUGCCAAAAUGGAAGAGAGAGUUGCUUUGUUGGAACAGGAACUGGCAAAGAAAGAAAGAGUGUGGAAGGUGACAGAAUCGGAAUUGCAAUUUUAA